AUGACCACCCGUCUGGUCCUGGUCAUCGGUGACCUGUUUAUCCCUGAUCGAGCGCCCUUCAAGAAACUCCUGACCCCAGGCAAGAUUGGCCAGACCUUAUGUCUGGGCAAUUUGACCGACCGCGAGACCUAUGAAUUCCUUCGCCAGGUCGCACCGGACCUGCAAAUGGUGAAGGGCGACUAUGAUGUUGACUCGCCCAGCCUCCCGCUCUCGAAGAUCGUGAAUCACGGGAAUCUGCGCAUUGGAUUCACCCACGGACAUACCAUUAUCCCCCCUGGCGAUGCUGAUGCGUUACUCAUUGCCGCCCGCCAGAUGGACGUGGAUAUCCUGCUUUGGGGUGGCACCCAUCGAUUCGAAGCCUUUGAGAUGGAGGGCCGCUUCUUCAUCAACCCAGGUAGCGCAACAGGGGCCAUGAGUUCAGGCUUUUGGCCGGAAGGCGAGGAGCCAACCCCGAGCUUCUGCCUGAUGGACAUCCAAGGGGAUGUUCUGGUGCUGUACGUUUAUCAGCUCAAGACCGACGCCAACGGAGUCGAGAACGUGUCGGUUGAGAAGGUUUCCUUCCGCAAGAAUCACGCCCCGGCUGCGACCCCUGCACCCGUGUCCUGA